UCUGUCGGAAGUCACGGCGGCUCACAGCAGUAUUCAUCGCCUCGGCCACAGGACCACGAGCGUGAUCCUCCAUCACUCUUUCCCAUUCGUCCAUUGUGACUUCAGCACGCCGCCCUGACAUGGCCAAUCCCGAGUCGUACGCCGCCUCAUUAGGCUACUCGAUCGUGAGUGACUUGGAAAAUGCCAUGUCAAUGUCAAUCGGCUCGGAGGACUCGGGUGAGGGAUUGGAUCACAAGCAUGAUUCUCCGACCCGCGACAGCGGGAGUGGCAGCGCCCCCACGGCCGCUAACCUCGCUGCCGACGAACAUGGCAACGGACGGCCCAGCGGAGGGCAGCAGAGCGAGGAGGUAGCCGAGUUGGCCCGGCAAAACAAAGAGCUUCGGGCCCAGCUCGAACGCACCAUGCGGGAAAAGGAUACCGCUUUGGAAGUGGCGAAGACGUUAGUCCAAAACGCGUCCCAGGCAAACGCCAACUUUUUCAGCACCUUGCGCUCGCUGCGCCAAGAAGCGAACAGCGCCAAAGGUGCUUGGGCUUUCCUACAGGGCGAGCUUAACAAGAAGACCCAGCAGCUCGAAAACGCCAACGAGCAGCUGGCCGCUGCCCGGCGGGAGUCGGAGUGGGACCGGCAACAGUUGGCCGAGAUGUCUGGGGACUUGUCUGCCGAGUUUGAGAAGAGGCAGGCCGCUGAGAAAAGGGUCAAGCUCUUCGAGGAGGAGUUGAAGACGACCGACAAGGAGCUGGCGGAGAAGGACAAGCAGCUCAGCGACGCCGAAGAGUACAAGAUGCGGGUCGAGCUGGAGUUCCAACCAAAGUACGCCUCUCUGUGCGGGCGUUUCACGGAGCUGAAGGAGCGACAUGAGAUCUACUUGCAGCAGCUGAAGGAUGCAACCGACCCCACCAAGGCAGCCGAGAGGCGGGCCGAGGUCAUGGUCGCCGUCCGCGAGGAGCUGAAUGCCGCUAUCUCGGCUGCUGAGCGGCGGCAGAGCGAGAUCCUCGAGCAGACGAGGGAGGUCAGCCAAGGCAUGCAGCGCAUGGUCGACUCACUGGGGACUCGUCUCGACGAGGCCCUCCACGGGUACAACGACGGCAACAGCAAGCUGGAGGCUAGUGUGGAAGAAUUUCUGACGGAACGUGUCUGUAUGAAGGAGCAGCUGAGAGGGUUUGAGGAACGAAUGAACGAGAUGCUCCGCGCGCAGCUUGCGCAGGUAACUUCUGGGGUUGCGCCUUCACGUCCGCCACAACCUGGUCCUUCCCCCCCCCAGUUCUCGUCCUCUAACUCGCCUUACUACUAUUCACAUUUUCACCUGCGCGGAUGAAGGAACGAAGGGGAGGUGGCUGUGGUAUACUAGUAAUCAACGACAGGAAAACGACAACUGAUUCACCUCAAAUCGUUCAACUGACACUUCAAGAGCAUGAAGAUUGCCCAACUGAAAAUUUGGAUUUCCUGCACGUACAAGAUCCCCGAAUGGAUUCCUGAAUGACUAUCCAGCCCCUGGAACUUCCUGAAAUUCUCCAUG